CAACAUGACCUCCCCACCAGUCAACAUGACCUCACCACCAGUCAAUAUGACUUCACCACCACCAGUCAACAUGACUUCGCCACCACCAGUCAACAUGACUUCACCACCACCAGUCAACAUGACCUCAUCACCAAUUUCCACAAUGUCAACUCUAGGCAAUGCAACGUCCCCAUCAACAUCUGGAACAUCAGCACAACCAGUCGUCACAACUGCUGCACCAUCUACAUCAACAUUGUCAUUUGGAUUCAACUUGCGGCAAAACUUUACAUCACAACUUGCAAACAAAUCAUCUGAUGAGUUCAAGACAUUAUCAAACCAAGUAAAACAAGCACUUGAUUCUCUCUAUAAAAAACAAUAUGGAGAUUUUUUCGUGCAAACUCUGAUCAACGCUUUCAGUCAAGGAUCAGUUGUGGUGGCUGCUACGCUACAAUUCAAAAAUGAGAGCUCAGUGCCAGAAACUAGUGCUGUGGAACAAGUUCUAGUGGAUGAAGUAAACAACAAUAAGAGCUUCUCUCUUUCAGUUAAUACAUCGACCAUUGUUGCAACAAAAGUUACUACAUCAACAGCCGCACCUACAACUGCUGCCAUUUCCACAACUGCUGCCACAACUGCUGUCAGUGCCACAGCUGCUGUCAGUGCCACAGCUGCUGUCAGUGCCACAGCUGCUGUCAGUGCCACAGCUGCUGUCAGUGCCACAGCUGCUGUCAGUGCCACAGCUGCUGUCAGUGCCACAGCUGCCACAACUGCUGUCAGUGCCACAGCUGCUGUCAGUGCCACAGCUGCUGUCAGUGCCACAGCUGCUGUCAGUGCCACAGCUGCUGUCAGUGCCACAACUGCUGUCAGUGCCACAGCUGCUCCAUCUGCAGCUCCUAAUACCAAUGGAACAGCCAUUCCAACUGUGGCAACUACUACAACCACAGAGGCCACCACCACUGCAUCAACAAAUCCCCCUACAGCCAGUGAGGGAUCACUAGGCCUUGACUUCAGUCUUGACCAAACUUUUACAUCCGAUCUUUCCGACUCAUCCUCAACAGCAUAUAAGACUUUAGCUUCAAAAGUGGUCAAAGAGCUAAACAAAGUGGGUAGAAAAUUGUAUGGAUCAUCGUUCAGCCGCUCCCUCGUUAAGUCAUUCACGAGUGGAUCGGUUCAAGUCACCACGAUACUUGUGUUCAAAGAUCAAGCCUCAGUUCCUUCAACAAGUGCAGCAACUUCACAAUUCAGCUCGGAACUUGCUAGCUCUACCUCUCUGAACGUUAUAGCUGGCAGCGUUUCUGCACAGUCAACAUCAAGCAGUCCUCCUCAGCACACAAUGGGCUCAUUGGCAGUCUUUUCACUAACACUGCUGGCUGUGGCACAGAUGCUCAUUGACUUAUAACCAGUAUCCAAGGCUGAAACAUGGACUUGACAUUUUAUUCAAAUUUGGCAAAGUGUGGAAAAAAAUGAAGUACCAAUGAACCAAAACAAAAGACAGAAGUGUGCAAUAUGACAUUUACCUAUUGUGAUGUGGUAAAAGAUAUGUGCUGUGUGUCAAAGAUAGAUAUAAAAUGUCUGUACUUGUGUUUCAGUUCUAUUAUAUUUACAGUACUAAUUUUUAAGAUUUUAAAGUAAAAAUAUAAUCUAUGAUUUGGUAUUUGCAGUUGCCAUUCAAUGACUUUGUUUUGGAAAUGCAACUUUAUAUGCAAUUUUUUAUUAUGGCAUUGUUAACAUUUUAAAGAUGCUAUGUGCUAAAUAUUUAUUUUGAAGUAAAACAAUUGUACAAUUCAGCAGGAUAGAGUUUACAUCCAAUGCCACUGUUUGGUGUGAAUAAAGGAAAAAGUGUGACCUUAAGGUUUUGCCAAAAGCUUUGGUUUGGCGCAAGGCUGAUGAUUCAUAUUCCUAGUCUAUGACCAACUGUUAAUGGUGCAGCCUUUAAACAUUUUGAACUAUGAUGAUGAGUUUUCCCUAACCAUAAUCAUGUACCUUAAGGCAGCUAAAUUUAACAGCAACAUGGAGGUCAUGUGAGAAUAUUGUAGGAACUGUUAGCAUUGAACAUGAUAUUGGGCUUUGCAGAAUAGACCAGUAUUAAGUUAAUAGCAUGCCAUGUGGAUUUCCUUCAAAAUUAAGUCAUUCAGGACUUAAUCUGUCCUGAAAUUAUUUGUGCAGCAGUAAUAUGAGUUUAAAACACACUAAUCAAUUAAGAUGCAAAUACAAUAUAAUAAAGAGAAAUGUGACAAACCCUCAA